AGCAUCAAGGUAACUCUAACAAACAAACCCCUCAGCCAUCACUCAUAUCUCAGCUUGAUUGGUGGAGUUGGUUUGGUUUUAACAGUUUCUCAUUCCCAAGGCAUUGUUUGCCUUUGCUUGUGAAGGAAACAUGAGUGAGGAGGUGGAGGAACACGGGGUCAGGAUUAACAUAAAGGGCACCUUCCAUGCCCCCAAGAAGAAUGAAGUGAUGUACAACUCUGAGAUGAUUGUCAAUAGGUCACUGGUGUUGUGUGCCUUGGCAGCUUACUAUGAGUCUGGCUUGUGCACCAACAGCCAAGUCAGAUGUCUGGAUGCUCUUGGGGCUACGGGGGUCUCAGGGUUGGCUUGGACAAAACAUUUUCCAAAGGUUGAUGUUGUAAUCAAUGACCAGUCUCCAGCGGCCACUGAGAGGAUCACCAGCAAUGCUGCCACCAACAACCUCCAAGUCACCAUCACCUCAGAAGAUGUCAGUGUUUUACUACACCAGAGACCCUUUGACUUUGUGUUCUUAGACUGCUAUGGAUCAUCAGUGCACUAUCUUGAUGCAGCGUUCCGCAAUGCCCCCAAACACAGCAUGCUGGCAAUCACCUCCACUGACGAUUCAGCCUUGUAUGGUAAGGCAACUGAUGUGACCCUUAGGAACUAUGGUGGUUAUGUGGUGAAGACAUCAUACGCUAAGGAACUGGCGGCUCGGCUGGUUCUUGGCAGCGUUGUGAGGGCUGCAGCCAAGAGCAACAAAGGUGUAGAGGUAGUGUGCUGCGUUGCCCUCAAAAGCUUCAUCACAGUUUUGGUGCGAGUAUUGAGGGGCCCAGCAGCUGCCAACACAUGUGUACGCAAAAUUCGACGCAUCAUACACUGUUGUGUUUGUGAAGACCGUGCCUUCUAUCCUGAGACAGUGUACCCUCUUGAAGAGCCAUACUCUCUGUUGUCUUGUGACUGUCGAAGCAAGAGUGCCGGGAAGUUGGCAGUGGAGCUUGGGCCUGUGUGGUGUGAUGAGAUAUUUGAUGCCAACUUCUGCCAGGCAAUGCUGACACAAGCAAGCAACCUACAGCUUUCUCAAAAAGUAAUCAGCCUUUUACAGACAAUAGUAAGUGAAAGCAAGUGUAAAGGAGCAGGGAGACCUAAUGAGAGUGUGGGAGGAGACAAAGAAAAUACAAUGAGUGGGAUGGCUGAACACACCUCUGCGUGGAUGGAAAAGGAGGAGGAUGAAGAGGGGGAGGACAAAGAGAAGGAAGGAUCACAACACCAGCCUUGCCAUUCAGUUGACGAGGACAAUGAUGGGGAGAGAUCACCUAAGAGAAUGAAGAUGGAUCACCCAAGAUUAAAAUCUCCGGCAUUCUAUUUCAAUCUCCAUCGUCACUCGCCUAAAGGCCAUGACCUAGGCAAGAUCAACAGGGUGGUAGACUACUUGCAGCGUGCGCACCACAAGGCCAGUCGCACACACUUUGAUCCUGAGGCCAUCCGCACUGACUGCACUCUCAGAGAGUUCACCCAACUCCUGCUGGAGUUCUCUCAGACACAAAACUGAAUCUCUCAUCCCUGUUUUCCAUUGUAUGUAUUUUUCAUUUGCAGCCUUUCCUCACGUCAGUUCAAAAUUUGCUCAUAAACUAGACAGUGAAAGCGUUUUGAAUUUCUGUUCAUAGUUUAGGAGGGUAAGGAUUUUUUUUAACACUCGUACAUUAUUUACAAUAAGGAUAUUUUUGUGAAUAAAAGAAAAAGCUGAAACUUAAGUCUCAGUAUUAAAAAUACCUGUUGUGCAGCUCAGUAUAUUCAGAAGAAAGGUAUCCACAAAAAGUACCAGUCUUACAAUACAAACAUGAAGACUAUCACACAAAAUUAUAGAUAAAUACAGUAUGGACAAUAUAGAAAUGACUAGUAAUGUUGAUGUGUGAGGACAAAACCAGGAUCUUAGAAAACCAUCUGGAGCAGCAGGAAUAUAAUGCAAAGAAGCUCUGACUCAACUGUGGGAAAUGUGUGUGUUUAAAAAAGGAACGAAUGAAGAACUCCUUUAGCUAAUAGUUCACAUGGAGAAUUUUCUUUGGGAAACUUCCAUUUUUCUACUGAAUUCUUUAAACAUAUUUUCAAGACAACUAGUACGCAGAUGAACAAUCCAAGCACUGAGGCAAGUUCCUUUAGACAGACCAUUGGUAAGCAAAGUAAGGAUGGUGAAAUAAUUGCAGAUUGAGUGCAAGACAUUUGAUUUGUAAAGAAGUUAAAUGUGGAGUUAUUGAGGAAAUCAAUUGCAGUGUUAAGAGAUGGUGUAACUAUGGGGAAAGAAUGGUUGUAUGGGAUAAGUAUGGAAGAUGUGUUGGACGCAGGAGCAGACCACCAUCAGUGAAAUGGUGAUGGAAGUGCUGGAAUGUAUGAGAGAAUGGUAUGAGUAUAUGUGAAGGACAGGAAUACAUAGAGAUUCUUCUGUCAUAGCCAUUCCUAGGAUUUAUUUGCCAGAUAUGAAUAAAGGUAUGAAUUAAAGAUUGCCUCUGUAAUAUUGGCUUCAGAGCAGCAACCCUUGCAUAAUUGGUCUGUAUUUAUCAUGCACUUUAUCAGGAACUCUAUGGUACUAUUCUCUCCAACAUGAGACUUCUGUAUUAGAUUUUUUUAUAGAACUUUAGUACACUUGGUGAUGAACAUUGUCACUGGCAUGUGACUGUUUUUGGUGUGAGAUGCUGAACAGUACUGGCCAUGACUCCAACUUGCUCCCUCUUGUGCUCAACCCUGCAGCCUUGUCACAGCAAUGAAAGGGUGUCUAAAUCAAUGAUGUUUUAUUUGGUAGUACAGCAGAUUUACUGUUGUUUGUGACAGUAAUGUAUACAAUAUGAAAGAACACUUAAGGUAUUUAGAAAACAGUUUUGACUCAUUUUUUUGCUUUUAUAUAUAUUUUUCUACCCAUUACCCAGAUAUAAAUAAAGAAUUACUAUUUGCAUUUCAACAGUGAAGCCAGCACAGCGCAAUAUUGACUCAAGGUGGGCAUCUGGAUCUUCUAUUAGUAAAUCAGGUCAUAUAACUAAUGAAGUGAAAUUUCACAAGUAUAAAUUUUCAAUAUAGUAUUGAUGAUGACAUUCAGGAAAUAUGAUACACAAGCUUCAUGAUCAAUGCAGGCAAGCAAAAUGCAUUGAUAUCUAAGAACCCACUUCUUCACUACAAUUGAACACCCAUCAAAAUAUACGGUUCAUCAUACAUAGAUUUACAGAUUAGAUAAAAAAAAUCAAAAUGCUAUUUGCAUAUUUAUAAAAGUGUAUCAGUGAGUACACUUGAAUCCAAUCCUACAAAGUCAAAAAGUUCCAGGAAGUAUAAAUAAUGAUGAUAUAAUAAUAAUAAUAAUAAUAAUAAUAAUAAUAAUAAAGGACAGAUUUUAGAAGGUAUGACAACUGGCAAUCAGAUCUUCCACACUAUUUGGCAAUUUUCUACAUUAACCAUAAAACAGCCAUUAUGAAGCAUGUUAGAAAAUAGGUCAACUUAAGAACACAAUUGCAUUGGUACACUUCUCAUGGUUCUAAUAUUCAAAAAAAAAAUCAGAGGGAAAUUAUCCUACAGAGAACAGUAAUGCAGUGACUAUACAGUGGAGUAGAUCAUGUCUCAUUGGCCCUCUUUCAAGAUAUACUGGGCAGCCGCCACCACCACCACCACCACCUCACACA